AAUCAACUCGCUUGAUGAAAAACAGCUGUUUGUGACACAUGGUAUAACUGACGUGGAUAAAACCACAAAACAAGUAAAAAACUAAUUAAUUUCAAACUACUCAAUCAUAUGUAUCUUCAUUAGACGUUCCGAAACCCAGGCAAAAAUGAAGCUCCCAAUUGUGAUUCUCUGCUGUAUUGUUAGUCUCUCACAACAUUGUGCAAGUUUGGCCGUGAUGUCGGUCGAUUUGGGCUCCGAAUGGAUGAAAAUCGGGAUUGUCUCCCCCGGAGUCCCCAUGGAAAUCGCUUUGAACAAGGAAUCAAAACGCAAAACCCCCGCUGUGAUCAGUUUCCGCGCCAACGUGCGCUCCUUCGGUGAAGAAGCCCAAACAAUUGGCAUCCGGUUCCCCAAAAACGCCUACAUGUAUUUGCUCGAUUUAUUGGGGAAAAACACCACUCACCCCCUAGUCCAACUGUACAAAGCGAGAUUCCCCUAUUAUGAGAUAGUCGACGACCCGAAUCGGGGCACAAUCCUCUUCAAACACGACGAAAACGAAUUCUACAGUGUUGAGGAACUCAUCGCUCAAUUGUUGGGCAAAGCGAAGGAGUUUGCCGAGCAGGGGGCCCGUCAACCCAUCAAAGAGUGUGUCCUCACAGUCCCGGGGUAUUUUAACCAAAUUGAGCGAAAAUCGUUACUUCAAGCGGCGAAUUUAGCCGGACUUAAAGUCCUCCAAUUGAUUAAUGAUUAUACAGCAGUGGCGCUCAAUUAUGGCAUUUUUCGAAGUAAAGAUUUCAAUGAAACGGCUCAAUAUGUGAUGUUUUAUGACAUGGGGGCCACUUCAACCACUGCCACUCUUGUCAGUUAUCAAACUGUUAAAAGUAAAGAGAAGGGUUUGGGUGAGACACACCCCCAAUUGGGGGUGAUUGGGGUCGGUUUUGAUCGCACUCUUGGUGGCUUAGAAAUUCAAUUACGUCUCAGAGAUUAUUUAGCACGAAAAUUUAACGAAAUUAAAAAAACCCCAAAUGAUGUUUUUGGUAAUUCACGUGCCAUGGCGAAAUUAUUUAAAGAAGCUGGAAGAGUGAAAACUGUUUUAUCGGCUAAUGCUGAACAUUAUGCACAAAUUGAAGGUUUAUUAGAUGAGGAGGAUUUUAAAGUUUUAGUAACACGUGAUCAACUCGAGGAUUUAAUUAAGGAUUUAUUUGAACGUGUUGGAAAACCGAUCGAGAUGGCGUUGAAAACAGCACACUUGACUAAAGAUAUAAUCGGACAAGUUGUAUUAGUUGGCGCUGGAACGCGUGUACCUAAAGUACAAGAGAUUUUGCAAAAAAUUGUCGGUCAAAAUUUGAGUAAGAAUUUAAAUACUGAUGAAGCUGCCACAAUGGGGGCUGUUUAUAAAGCAGCUGAUUUAAGUACUGGGUUUCAAGUGAAGAAAUUUUUGACUAAAGAUGCGGUACUUUACCCGAUUCAGGUGGUUUUUGAACGGGAAACCCCCGAUGGUACUAAACAAGUUAAAAGGACUCUAUUUAGUUUAAUGAAUCCAUACCCGCAGAAAAAAAUCAUUACGUUUAAUAAAUAUAAUUCAGAUUUUGAUUUUGAUGUUAAUUAUGCCGAUUUGGAUUAUUUAAAACGUGAAGAAAUCGAUUAUUUGGGUCAAUUGAAUUUGAGUCAUGUCAGUCUAGUUGGCAUUGCUGACGUGAUGAAAAAAAACACGGGUGAUAAUAGUGAAACAAAAGGUAUCAAAGCACACUUUUCAAUGGACGAAUCAGGGAUUUUAAAUUUGAUCAAUGUUGAGUUAGUGGUUGAGAAAAUUGUGACUGAUGAUGAUGAAGGUACAUUGUCGAAACUUGGUAGUACAAUUAGUAAAUUAUUUGGUGGUGAAGAAGGUGGUAAAAAUGAGACUGAAUCUGAGGAUAAAAACACAACAAAUGUCCCAAAAGAAAUCAAACCGAAAAUAAUCACAGUCAAGGAGCCGAUCGAAGCGAGGCAAAAACACCCAAUUCCACUCACAAAAACGCAAUUUGACGCGUCUUUGGAGAAAUUAUCAAAGUUGGAUAAGGUCGAAAAAGAGUUGAAUCGUCGCGCUACUGCAUUAAAUAAUCUCGAGAGUUUUGUAAUCGAUGUUCAGAAUAAAUUACAUGAGGAUGAUUUUAAAUCAUCGGCGAGUGAAAACGAAAUCGAGAUGAUUCGAAAAUCUUGCGUGGAAGUCUCUGAUUGGUUGUAUGAGGAUGGUUCAGAUGCGGAUGCUGCCACCUAUGAGAAGAAAUUAGAAAGUUUGAAAGUGUUAACAAAUGAUUUGUUUAAACGAGUUUGGGAACAUAAUGAGCGUCCCGAAGCGUUAAAUGCCUUGAAUUCGAUGUUGAAUCAAUCGAGUCAUUUUCUUCAAGUUGCAAAAAAUUUAACUAAAAGUGUGAAUCCUGAAAAGGAUGUUUUCACCGAUGCUGAAAUUGAGGGUUUGGAGAAGAUAAUCAAAGAGACUGAAGAGUGGAAAAUGAAGAUGAUUGAGGAACAAAAUAAACUGAAAAAGUAUGAAAGUGUUAAAUUGACUGUUAAGUCAAUAACGGAAAAGAUGGGAGCGAUUGAUCGAGAAGUUAAAUAUUUGGUUAAUAAACAUAGAUUGUGGAGGCCGAAGAAAGUUGAGAAGAAGGAAGAGAAGCAAGAAGAAAGUGUUGAGGCGUCGGGGAAUACCACUGAAGAAGAAAUUAAACCAACUGAGAGUGAGAAAGAUUCACAUAAUGAACUUUAAUGAAAAAAGAAAGUUUGUGAUACUGACAUUUGUGUGACUUUUGUUGCAACUUCAUUCCAGAGGGUGGUUUAAUUUAUUGUAGAAAAUUCAAAUAUAAUUAAUUUAUUUACUGAG